UCCCACCCUUCUUCUAGCUCAGAAGACAAGCCUGCCACCAAAGUCUCUACGGCGCGGCCGUGAACGCAGCUUUGAGAAGCUGGCGCCCAGUGAUGGGGCGAACAGCCAGGCCCCUCCAGCCCCAGUAAAAGCCCCAAGCGCAAACUGCCCGCGGCUGGGUGGGUCGCCGACGGCGCUGCUCCAAGUCCCUCGGUGCCCGCCGCGGUGCUUACGAAGGGGGCCCGGGGCACGGGACCGAGCGGCGCGGAGCCCACCACCGCGGCCCGAGGGGGACGGCCCCGAGCGCCCGGGCGCACCGAGCGCGCCUUCCCUCCCGGGGCGCGCGGAGCCGGCCGCACCGCGGCGCCAGAUAUUUUCAGAAUGUAGUAAAGUAAGAAUUUAAAAGAGAAAACAGAAGACAACCAAGAGAGAAACUGUGAAAUCAGUGUCCUGAGACAUCGUUUCAACCUUCCAGUGGUCCUCUCCUUCCCCCCCAGCUCCGCCACACGUCACCCAACACCUAACAAAUUCUGAGGACGCCUCAAGUUGCCUGGGUUCUGAAGCGCCUCCUCUGGCAGUCACAAUUCCAACAAGAUUAUGGCAGAGCAUAGCCACAUGCAAAAGCAGCUGGAUUUACAGAAUGGUAGCUUAGAGGCAGACUUUGUGGCGAAUUCCCUGGAGAACGAUUCCGAAAACAUGAUGGAGAGCCUGAGCCCAAAGAAAUAUUCUUCCAGUCUGAGAUUUAAAGCCAACGGAGACUAUUCUGGCUCCUAUUUAACUCUCUCACAACCCGUGCCUGCUAAGAGAAGCCCUUCUCCUUUGGGAACCAGUGUCAGAAGUAGCCCCUCCUUGGCCAAAAUCCAGGGAAACAAGCAGUUCUCUUGUGAUGGAACUGACAAAAAUAUUUCCAUGAAACCUCCCACUCCUUUACUCAGCACUUCACCCUCCCUCAGUGGAUAUCCACUCGGGAGAGCAGACUUUGAUCCUUAUACUGGCCGGGACAGUGAAAGGCCCUUGAGGCUCUCAGAGAAGCCCCCCUAUUCCAAAUACAGCUCAAGGAAUAAAUCCCACGACAAUGUCUACUUUCUCGGAGGGCUGGAAGGCCGAAAAGUGUCUGGCUCGCUCCUGGCCAUGUGGAAUGGCAGCUCCCUGAGUGACACUGGCCCCUCUCCCAGCAGCAGGUCAGGGGCCGCAAGCAUGCCUUCAAGCCCAAAGCAAGCCAGGAAGAUGAGCAUCCAGGACAACCUGAUGCUUCAGCCCAAGUUGACCAGACACAAGGAGCUGGCACCUGAAAACAUCGGUGUCAGAACCAGGAAGUAUUCGGGCAGCAGCCUGAGUCACAUGGGAGCCUAUAGCCGAUCUCUCCCCAGGUUGCACAGGGCCACGGAGAACCAGCUGACGCCUCUCAGCUUGCCUCCCAGAAACUCUCUGGGCAGUUCCAAACGAACAAAACUAGGCGAAAAGGAUCUACCUCAUAGCGUAAUAGACAACGACAAUUACCUGACUUUUUCUUCUUUGAGCUCAGGGGCUUUACCCUAUAAAACCUCUGCGUCUGAGGGCAGUCCUUAUGUAAGUUCCACCCUCAGCGUCCCUGCCAGUCCUCGAGUGGCUCGGAAGAUGCUUCUGGCCUCCACCUCCUCCUGUACCUCUGAUGACCUUGAUAGGGCUCCCUACUCAGGGACCAGCUCAGGUCAUUCACUUCCUCCUGGAGAGCCGGACAGAAUGUUUGCAGCCAGGAGGAACUUCUCUUGUGGAUCUGUCGAGUUUGAUGAUGCAGAUUUGGACAGCCUCAGACAGGCCUCAGGAACUCCCCAGCCUGUCCUUCGCGAACGGAAAAGCAGCAUUAGCUCCAUUUCAGGACGCGAGGACCUGAUGGAUUAUCACCGGCGACAGAGGGAGGAGAGACUCAGGGAGCAGGAGAUGGAGCGACUGGAGAGACAGCGUCUGGAGACGAUCCUCAGUCUCUGUGCUGAGUACGCCAAGCCCGACAGUGGCUCAUCCACUGGCACCACCGUGGCAGAUGUGCAGAAGAUCAAUAAGGAGCUGGAGAGGCUGCAGCUCUCGGAUGAGGAGUCUGUGUUUGAAGAAGCCCUGGUGAGCCCUGACACCAGAUACAGGUGCCACCGGAAAGGCUCUGUCCACGAUGUGGACUUGGCAGUCUUCGGGAGCCUCGGUCAGAGCACUGCCAGCUUCCUUUCCCCCAGGAGCGUCAGGAACGAGGACCUGCUCAGGGACCUCACCAGGACUCCGCCACCAGCCUCCUCUGCCUUUCUGAAGGCAUCCAGCGAGUCCGCUUACCUAAGCAUCAUACCAAAGACCCCAGAGGGCAUAAGUGAAGAACAGAAGAUUCAGGAGUUGGCUGCAAUGGAAGAGACCCGGAUAGCAAUUCUGAACAACCUUGAGGAACUUGAACAAAAAAUCAAAGAUAUAAAUGACCAGAUGGACGAAUCCUCCAGAGAGUUGGAUAUGGAAUGUGCUCUUUUGGAUGGAGAACAGAAAUCGGAAACAACUGAACUUAUGAAAGAGAAGGAGAUUUUGGAUCAUCUAAACCGGAAGAUAGCAGAACUGGAAAAGAACAUUGUUGGUGAAAAGACCAAGGAGAAGGUAAAGCUUGAUGCUGAAAGGGAAAAACUAGAGAGGCUUCAGGAGCUUUACUCCGAGCAGAAGACCCAGCUGGACAAUUGUCCUGAGUCCAUGAGGGAACAGUUACAGCAACAACUGAAAAGGGAUGCCGACCUGUUGGACGUAGAGAGCAAACACUUUGAAGACCUGGAAUUCCAGCAGCUAGAGCAUGAGAGCCGUCUAGAUGAGGAAAAGGAGAACCUGACCCAGCAGCUCCUGCGUGAAGUGGCUGAAUAUCAACGGAACAUUGUUACCAGAAAGGAAAAAAUUUCUGCAUUGAAAAAGCAAGCCAGUCACAUUGUCCAGCAGGCUCAGAGAGAACAAGACCAUUUUGUGAAAGAAAAGAAUAAUUUAAUAAUGAUGCUGCAAAAAGAAAAGGAAAAUCUUUGUAAUUUGGAAAAGAAAUACUCCAGCCUCUCUGGGGGGAAAGGGUUUCCUGUCAACCCCAAUACUCUAAAAGAGGGAUAUAUCAGUGUAAAUGAAAUUAAUGAGCCAUGUGGCAAUUCCACGAAUCUAUCCCCUUCCACUCAGUUCCCUGCUGAUGCUGAUGCUGUUGCCACUGGGCCUCCCACAGCUGUGCUGGUGAGCCAGCCACAAAAUAAAGAGCAAAGGCCACCUGUCUGUUCUGCAUCUGCGUUUCCUUCCACUCUUUCUCCUCAUCCUGUCACUCAACCUCCAUCAGCCCCUUGGCCCGAAGUCGUGGCUCCAUCUGUCCAUCCUUUCCCUUUAAAUGACACGCCCCCUCCUCUACCAGCCAAGAAGCACAGAAGACAGCUGCAGCAAGAGCAGCAGCACUUUAGAAGUCUGGAAGAAAGGAAAAAACAGCACAAAGAAGGCCUCUAUCUGAGUGACACUUUGCCUCGAAAGAAAACCACACCCUCCAUAUCCCCACAUUUCAGCAGUGCUACUAUGGGGAGAAGCACCGCCCCAAAGGCUCAUCUGCCCCUGGGACAGAGCAACAGCUGUGGCAGCGUGCUCCCCCACUCGCUGGCAACCAUGACCAAAGACUCAGAAUCUCGGAGGAUGCUCAGAGGGAAGUCCAAGAAAGGAAGAAUGAAUUUCUCAGCAGGAGCAAUUAGUAAUUCCAAAAGUUCGAGUAUCAAAGGGUAUAAUCACCAACAGAUGAGUGAAGGACAAAGGCAGAAAUCGUCAGAAUUUUACAACCGCACAGCGUCUGAAUCAAAUGUCUACUUGAACAGUUUCCACUACCCAGACCACAGCUACAAGGACCAGGCCUUUGAUACUUUGAGCCUAGACAGCUCUGAUAGCAUGGAGACCAGCAUCUCUGCUUGCUCACCUGAUAAUAUCUCUAGUGCCAGCACUUCAAAUAUUGCCAGAAUAGAAGAAAUGGAGAGACUUUUGAAGCAGGCUCAUGCAGAGAAGACACGGCUGCUUGAAUCCAGGGAACGGGAAAUGGAAGCCAAAAAACGAGCCCUGGAAGAAGAAAAACGACGCCGAGAACUCCUGGAGAAACGAUUGCAGGAAGAAACUAGCCAGAGGCAGAAGUUAAUUGAAAAGGAAGUAAAAAUAAGGGAGAAACAAAGAGCACAGGCUCGACCUCUGACACGCUAUCUGCCUGUCCGGAAGGAAGACUUCGAUUUGCGGAGCCACGUAGAGACUGCUGGCCACAAUAUUGAUACUUGUUAUCAUGUAUCGAUCACAGAGAAGACCUGCCGAGGAUUCCUCAUCAAAAUGGGUGGAAAAAUUAAAACUUGGAAAAAACGUUGGUUUGUUUUUGAUCGGAACAAGCGCACCUUCUCUUAUUAUGCAGACAAGCAUGAAGCUAAAUUAAAAGGAGUAAUAUACUUUCAAGCCAUUGAAGAAGUAUAUUAUGAUCACCUCAAGAAUGCUAACAAGAGUCCCAAUCCAUUACUCACCUUUAGUGUCAAGACUCACGACAGAAUCUACUAUAUGGUGGCCCCAUCGCCGGAAGCCAUGCGGAUCUGGAUGGAUGUGAUAGUUACUGGGGCCGAAGGUUACACUCACUUCUUGUUGUAGUGAACUGGCACAACAGUCCACUUCAGGGCAGACUGCAAUAAUCUCUUACAAGAAUGAAGCCAUAUGCAAUCCCAGGUGGAAAGGCCCAGCAGAGCCGUUCUUUUAAGUGUAUAUACUCAGAACUCCUUUCACGUUAACGGAAGUCAUUUGUAACAGAAGAAGAAGGCGUUUUAAGUCAAAGCUUGACCAGAAGUAAUUCAAAACUUGAUCAUAAAUAGCAAAAGAAUUGAUGCACCUAUGAGGAAAAAAUCCCACUAUUUUGGUAAAUAGCGUCACUUAUAGGGACAUUUCUUAUAAUCUAUUUUUUAUCAAUUGUUGAUUUUGGUGAAAUAAACUAGACAGUUUACAAAAUGUCUGUAUAUGUACUUGGAAAAUAUGAAAUUAUUUUAGCACCCGAAUCAUUGGCAUUGACAUUAUUGGUAAUCAACUGCCUGUUUUAAAAAGGGGCAUUUUACUGAAGGUUAUUUUAUAAAUAUAAGCAAAUAAGGGCUUGGAGGGGAAUAUAUUUUAGGAGGAGUUUUGCCUAAAUUUUUAAAUACUGCACCAAAACCAAAGACUUGACAUGACUUCUGUUUAACAGUAGUUUCAAGUGAUGAACUGCAGUUAAUGUUACUCUGCAUUUUAAAAUAAUAUUCUGAUGCCAUCAAGUGCCCAGGAAGUUGACUUUGAAGAGUCACCACCAGCAUAAGCUACGUACAUAUAUAGCAAACCACUUUUUGUAAAAGAAGAAAGAACAAAAAGCUGUGCGUUUUAGAAAGAAGCAGUCUUGGAAAGACAUUCUGUCACCUUGGGCAAUUUUAAAUAAAGAGAAUAGUUAGUGUUAGGAGCUUGUUUUGCGGAAGAUUUCUCCAUUCCCAGUGCUGAGAGUAAAGGCAUCUAGUGGUGGAUUUCCUUUAGUUUCUCUGCUUUCUCGUGGUGGUGGAGCACACCUGUCCGUUGCAGCCUCACAUGACAUAACUGAAGUCGGAGCUCUGUUUUCACCAAAGAACAGACCAAUUAAAAUGCUUAUUUACAGAAGUGGUGUAGUUCCAUAAAAGGCAAAUGAAGUACAACUUAAUGUUCUCUGUAAUGUACUAUUGUAUUAUGUAUUUCUUUACAACUAGCCUUUGUUUUUUUAAGAGUUAAAUUAAUUUUUUGUUGAAUGAAAUGACUUCAGGCAAGUCUCUUUUAUAACGGUUUUUCAAAUACCAUUUAUCCUGGUUUGUCACAUUGUGUGUGUUUGUAAAUAUGAAUGAACUCUUUCCUAAAACUUGGCAAAUGAAUAGAAGUAGAAAAUAAUGACGUAACUUACUAGUACAUGGUGAAAUGAUUAGAUUAGAAGAGUCUAGAAAAUCUUUGUCAGGCCUGACCGGGUACAGUUGUUUUUUUAAUUUGCAGUGUGGUUUGUAUACAUGUAUGCGUGUUGCCAAGAAUAAGAUUUUGCAACUGGAUGACACAUGAUUUUACUUGAACAGUGAAGGACAAAAUCAUGAUGGCAGAAGACAUUUUUAUAAUCUGUUUUUUCAGAGAUGACCCCUAAACCCUGUAAUGACUUAAGAGCGAGAGAUGCAAUUGCUAAAAUUUUGUUGGUUAAUGUAAAGAUAUAACUUUUCUGUACUGAACUUUACUUUCUUCAUAGGAUUAUAGAUAUUCUAAUCAACUUUAUAUCUUGCAUGAUGUAGUAAACCUUUUAAAUAUGUAUGUUAAAAUGUUGAGUUUGGAUUAAAAUGUUGACAGAUUUCACAUUUGAAAAUAAAUUCAUCUCUCAUUAGGAAGUUACCUGUUGGUAACAUGACACGGGAUGCAUUAAUCAGCAAAAAUUUGAUAGGAGAAUCUACAUAAAGGUUGUUGUGUGCUAACAUUAUGAUUUGUAGUUCAUAAACUGAAGUAAUUAGAA